CAAUUUUAUUAAUUCAAAUUUGGAUGAGCUCCCUCUUUGUCAAAUGUUUAUAAUGCAAUCAAAGACCAGCAACAAUAAAAUGUCAAUAGUGUAAAAUUGGCUAGGUUGUAAGAUUAUGCUACAGCUGUGAUUCACAGGUGCAUAAUAGAUAGGGACCUAUUGGUUAGCAACAUAAGACAGAAAUCAUUCCUUAUUAAGAAAUGUAUUAAAAAGCUCCACAAUCAGCAGGUUAAACAAACUUGGGAAAUAAAUUUGAAAAUACUCAAAAUGCUCAAAAAAAAUAAUAACCUUAACAGUCAUAAUAAUCUUAGGGGCAAUUUAAAUUUGCAGCCACUACUAAAUAAGAACCACCCUAAUUCGCUUAGAAGCCUGUUACAAAUGCAGCAAAACCUCUUCAAUAACCUGGUGCAAGGGAAAUCAAUUUCUCUGGCACGAGAUCAAACAAUAAGCCAAGAUAUGAUUAAAAAGAGGAAGAACAAUACAAUAGUUCACAAAAAAAUUCGGACUAAAAGGCAUCCUUAAAUAACCAAUUGAAGGAGGAACAAGAUACAUGUCAACAACUUAAAAAAGAACUAAAAUAAGCUUAGGAUUAAUUGAAUUCUAUAAAUAAAGAAGUUGAGAAGAAGAUCAAGGCAUCCCAAUAGGAUCUUGAGAAAAAACUUAAUGAUUUGAAGAAGGAAGGGGCUGAGGAGAAAAAGAAAACUUAAUAGUUGACUGAGGAUGUUAAAAAGUUGAAAGACCAAUUGAAGAAUGCUGAAGUUUAAACCCAGAAGAAAUUGGAUCAACAAAAGAAAUAAUAUGAAAAAUAAAUGCAAGAAAUGGAAUAGACUAUAAAUGAAAAACAAUAAUAAAUUGAUGAAAUAGCUUAAGAAUUUUAGAAUUACAAUCUAGAAGAUAUUUAAGCUAAAAUGGAAGAAAUGGCUCAUGAUAUCAAUAUGAAGGACUAGAUUAUCGAAUAAUUGCAAACUCAAUUGUAAAAAGGGGAAGGCCAUUAGAAUGGGGAUGGAUAAGAUGGAGACAAGGAAGAAAUCAUAGCUUAAAUAGACUAGAAGGAUUAAGAAAUCAAGAAACUUGAGGAUUUGAUAGAGAACUUCAAAUAAUUGUACUAGCAUAUGUUGGAUGAAAAAUAAGUCAUUAUGGAAGAGAAUGAAAAAUUGGCAAAUGAGAAUAAUCAAUUCAGAGAAAUAUUUAGUUAAAACUUACACUUGUUUGGAAUUGAUCCUAAUUAAUUGGAAGAGGAGGGCGAAGGAGAAGGCGAAGACGGAGAAGGGUAUUAGCAAGAGGAAGAUAAUUGAAGAAGAUGAGACCAAUGAUACAUCUUGAUAAUAUAUAGUAUCAUUUUCCAAAAUAUUAUUACAACUUC